UUUUUUUAUUUUUCUAAUAUUUAUUUUCUUUCCUUUUUCUUUGUUUUUGGUUUUUUUUUUUUUAUUUAAAUGGACUGUCCAUCGAAAUAUAAUGGGACACAAAAUCCUGAAGAAUGGUUAAAAGAAUUUCGCUUUUUCUGUUUACUUCGUGGGAUUCAUGAUGAACAUACCAUGUUAGAAUUAGCAAUGUUAAAAAUCGAUAAUACAAUUCCUAUACCUGAAGAAGGUAUAUCUUCAUUCGCUGAAUUAUCGGACCAUUUAAAAGAUCAUAUAACUUAUACCUUACAAUGUAAAGUAGCAUUUGAAGAAUUAAAGAAUAUUAAAUAUGAUACAGAAAUGAGUGUAGUGGAAUUUAUUGCGAAAUUUCUUUCACUUUGUGAUAAUUCUCUCGUUUUAAAUGUUCAAGAUCAAAAAACUUGUUUAAUUCAAGCUUGUCCCGAUGAUAUUUCUAGGAAUGUUUUUAGGAAUAAAAUUAAAAAAAAAACUUCCAUGCAUGAAAUUAUUGAAAUUUUUCAUGAUACUAUGAUAGAACAUAAAGGUCAAAUUAGAUAUGGAUCAAGGAUAGCAUUAAAACAUGUUGUUACUGGACAAUAUUUAUCACACGGAAACAAACAUAAACCUGAUAUACUAAGAUCAAAUUUAUCUGAGGUAUUUUGUAGUGGUUGGAAACGAGGUGGUAAUGAUGUUUGGGUAAUCACAGCUGCUUAUGGACAGAAUAAAGCACCCGGGGAUCCUAUUUCAUCAAAUUCUAUGAUUCAACUAGUUCAUGAAGUAACACGAGAAUCAUUGUUUGGUGAUGAAGGUCAGUUAAAUUUAUCGGGAGCAUGGGUUUGGACAUUAACAGAUCCAAGGACUAAUUGGAUCAUCCAACGUCAUAGUACUUUAUAUUAUGAUAGUCCGGGUUACGUUAUGGAUUGUGAUAUAAUUAAUUUACGUCAUAAUCUUAAUAAAAUGACUUUAAAAAGUCAUGAAUUUAAAAAUUCCGCUGGGCAUCAAGAAGUCAUUAUACAUGGUGAUGGACAAGAAGAUCUUCAUCAGUGGCAAAUCGAACUUGUUUCAUAAUUAAUUUAUUUAUUUACAUAAUUUUCUUUUUUUCUCUUAAAUUAAUUCAUUUCAUAAACUCUUUCUUUGUACACCAUUUAAUAUUUCCCUUUAUUUAAUUAUUCCUUUUGUAAUAUAAAAAUUUUUUUUUAUUUAUAAAUAAAAGUAUUUAGCGUUGGGGUUUCUUGGGAAAUAAAAUCAAUUUGUGUCAAAUUUUGUGUCACCAUGAUUUUCUAAAAAUAAAUAAGUCUGACACAUGACCAAAUUUAUAAUGUGAAUUUGUAAUAAAUCCCCAACAUUAAGUAUGUAUGCAUAGUUAACGUGUACAUGACGGACAAAAAAGGGGUCCAACUCCUUCGUAUGCUAUCAUUUUUAUCAUUUUCGGUAACAUUACCAUAAUGAAAGUCUGUAAUAAGCCAAAUCCAAUGUCCGAUUAUCACG